AUGGAACGACAAGCGAUGAAAAUGCAAGGUGCUGCUUCGGUAGGAAUGGCUCGAGAAGCCACAAGCAACACUCUUGACUCGUCAGCGCCAGCACCGUAUUCCACUCUAUAUCAACCGAAUGCGGAUGAUCAAGUACCGAAAUCGAUGGCUUUUGAUGAGAUACCAUUGAAUAGCGUUAUGCGAAAUGCUGAGUUGCAUGAAAUGCACUACCAGCAUCCAUCGCUAAACGCCAAUAUUAACGCGUUCGAUGAAAAAAAUCAGCAACAACACCAACAAAACAUUCUUGUUGUGGGUGGUGGUGGACUCGCUAGCUUACCACAACCAUCGAUGGCUUCAUUUUCAUCGAUACCCAUCUCGGAAAUUCCCGUUCUGAGCACCACUACGCAAUCACCGAGCGUCGCUCACCAUUCAGUCCCAGCCACUAAUCAACCGACCCAAACAGUAUCGGGACUAUCACCCAUGGACGCUAGCAUUCACUCGCGUGAACCGAUCGCCGAAGCACAUCAGCAGCCUCCUGGAUCUUUCGGAGGAAUUUCGCAAGAACAGAAACAACAGAUUAACCCCAAUACGGUGGACGCAGAGAUAUCUUCGUUUGGAACGGCACCCCUCAGCAAUCCGUCAAGCAACGACCCAGUUGAUCUGAAUGCACAACCGCUU